AUGCCGGAAUCUAGCGAAGAGACCACACAAGAUUCCGAGACACCACAUCCAUCAUCAUCACGACUACAGCGAUACCAUGUGUUACUACACAAAGCGUGGAAAUGGCAGCCCAAGCCGGCACGCUACGACCCGGAGAAACCUCCAAAGUUCACGCUCUGGUUGAAUAUCCUGUUUGGCUUUGCCUCAUGCUUUACCGUCGCAAAUUUAUACUACAACCAGGCCAUCCUGAACCGCAUCGCCGAGACCUUUGCCGUGUCCUUCGAGCGCGCCUCGUCAGUGGCCACGCUGAUGCAAGCCGGGUAUGCCGGUGGUUUGGUCCUGAUCUGCCCGCUGGGCGAUGUCUUUCCCCGGAGGCCGUUUAUUAUAGGCCUUGUGGCAUUCACCGCGACAAUGUGGCUCGGCCUCUGCCUAACCACCUCCUUCCCCGUCUUCAGCGCCAUCUCCUUCCUGACCGGUUUCACCACCGUCACCCCACAGCUCAUGCUCCCCCUCGUCGGCGACCUUGCCCCGGCCCACCGCCGCGCCAGCUCCCUCGCCAUCGUGGUUUCUGGUUUGUCCCUGGGGAUUCUGGUGGCGCGCAUCCUGUCCGGCGUCAUGGCCGCCUACACAGCCUGGCGCAAUAUCUACUGGUUCGGUCUGGGCGUGCAGUGGUUGGUGGCCGGGGGGUUGUAUAUCUGGUUGCCUGAUUACCCGAAACCCAGCAGCCAUCCCAAAAGAACUCUCACCCUCAAAACCUACCUCCAAAUCCUCCUCUCAACCAUCCACCUCCUCCCCACGGAACCCCUCCUCCUCCAAGCCUCCCUCAUCGCCUUCCUCCUCUCAGCAGUCUUCACCUCCUACUGGACGACCCUCUCCUUCCUCCUCUCCUCGCCCCCCUUCUCCUACCCCAGUCUCCCCAUCUCCCUCUUCGGUCUCAUCGGCAUCAUCGUCAUCCUCUCCGCACCCAUCUACUCCCGCCUCGUCAUCGACCGCGUCGUUCCCCUCGCCUCCGCCCUACUAGGACUAGCGGUUGAGUUGGCCGGCGUGGUGGUGGGUACGUGUAUAGGGAGUUGGCAUGUGGCGGGUCCCGUGGUGCAGGCUGUGACGGUGGAUGUGGGAUCGCAGUUUACGCAGAUUGGGAUGAGGGCGGCGAUUUAUGGGAUUCGGCCGCGGGCGAGAAAUCGGGUGAAUACGGCGUAUAUGGGGGUGUCGUUUUGUGGGCAGUUGACGGGGACGGCGGUGGGGAAUCGGUUGUUUGCGCAGGGGGGGUGGGGGUAUAGUGGGAGUUGUAGUAUCGCCUUCAUAGUAGCAGCAAUAAUCAUCUGCCUUGUCCGAGGCCCCCGAGAAAAAGGCUGGUUCGGUUGGUCAGGGGGAUGGGCGAUACGCAGAGACGAUUUGCCCGCGGAAAGGCAGGACGUGGAAGCGCCGGCUGCGGAUACAACAGGAGCAGGAGUGACGGUUGUAGGGGCUGGUGUUAAACCUGUUGAAGAGACGAUAGGGGAAGAAAAAAGUGAGCGGGAGAAAGGGGGGUCGGAAGAAUAG